UGAUGGGCUGUUCGUCUUAUCCAUCCAUGCCCUCGCGCCUUUUCUAUUUACUCUUACGGAAGAACUCCCCUCCGUUGAAAUUAACACUAACCGAUCACGUCACUGCGAGAUGCUGUUACCCGCGGCACAGACAGAAGUUUAAUAAUGUCGGCUGGAAUUUCAAAACUAGCAAAUACAAAUUACACCUCGCGCGAGACUUAAAAAACAUCCCUGACCUCAUCCAGGUGUUCCUGGAACCACCAGCAGCUUUUACGAGCCACGUAAGUCAUGGCGUGAUCGUUUUCCUGGGGGAUCAACGUGCGACUUCGCGUCAUUCAUGGAAUAUUUCUGUCGUAUCUCCGAUAAAAUACUCUUCGUCGUUACACGUUUAAAGUGCAGUUAUACGUCCAGAAGUUCUCGUCUUUAUGCAUGAAAACUCGAAGAACACUAAGAAAUCAGUUU